AGAGAGAAAUACAAGAUGCUGCCCAGCCAGUGAGUACACCUAUGAUCUUGCUUAGUUAAUACCUCCAAACACAACAGUGCUAAACCCCCACAUUGGCAGGAAGCUUUGUAUUUCUCAAAAAAUUCCUUCCCAAAAUAUUUCUGGAAAUCUUAACCUGUUUGUCCCCUCAGUCCCUCCAGCUGUGGGACCUUUGUAAGUGCCUUUCCCUUCCUUUUCGGAGUCCUGGGGAUUUUGCUUAUCAUCUGUGCCCUGGCUGCAGCUCUGCAAGCCCCUACUGUUCUGGUGGCUCUUGCUCUCAAGGGUGCUCUACUUCAUUGUCUACUCUGUUACUGUCCUCCAGACUUUAGCCUCCUAUGUGUCAUGGAGUUGUCUGAACUUCUCCACAUCAUCCACCUCUUCACAUCUCUGCAACCCUCUUCCUUUGUUUAUGCCUAGUUCUUUCGUGGAGAGUCAUUCUCCUGGCCCCAAAACUUUCUAUUCUGCUAAGUUCAAUUAAAUCAGCAUAUACUGAUACCUCUUCUGAGCCAGGUGCUUGGUGCUGGGAAUGCAGUGAUAAUAAACAAGUCUCUAUGGCCUUAAGAGAUUAUAUUCUAAUGGGGGAGAAAACUCUGUAAACAAAUAGUUUCAAAAUAAUGUGGUGAUAAUAUACAAAGAUGAGCCCAGGUCAAAUGAGAACACAAUCCAUCCUGGUAGUUCAGGAUGGCUCCAAGGAGGAAUUUAUGUCUCUCAGGAUGUGUUCAGAGAUUUUAACCACAUAAAAAAAGAGGAAGAAAGGUCAGGGAGAAAAGAUGAUGAGCCUAGGCAAGAUGGGUACGUACAGGAAAAAGACAUGCAGUUGAAUGGGGUGGGCCCUUGAAGUAUGAAGCAGAAUGGGUGUCAAGAAAAGCAGGGAUAAACAGAAAGAUAUGAUGGAAGGCUCUGCUUUGCUGUUUCAAGAAACUUAUAUUUAAUUCUGUAGUGUGUGAUUACUCAAGCAAAAAAAAAAAAAGUCCAUUCGCAUGCAUAUAGAAAUGUACAGACAGACACAUAUAAAGUUGCCCAUGAUUUCAGCCAUCCCGCCAACAUACACCCCUGGAAGUAAAUCCACAUGCUGAAGCUGAAGAUAGGAUACACUGGGAUGAAGGAGAAUCCUUUGAACUAUUUUAAGCAGCGAAUUUUAUGAUCACAUGUUAGUUUAAAUACGUUACUAUCGAGUUGCAUUACAGGCAAGUCUGGAGUCAGGGAGUACAAUGCAAAGGUGUUCUGUAUCUAGGUAAGAGAUGACAAGGUUAUGAAUUUGAGGAUUAGUGACAAAGCUGGAGAAGAAGCUAUGACAGCAGCACGUCUUGUGAGUCAUGAGGAAGGAGAGGAGUCAGAGAUGACUUCAAAUUUCCAGCUGGGACAGAAGCUUGGUUGGGGGAAACGGUAAUGAGUUUAUUUUUGGACAUUUGAGUUUGAAAUGUCUUCGGGACAAGACAGCUUGGUGACAAACAGGCAAUUGGAUAUAAAUUAGUAGGUAUACUAGUCUGAAGUCCCAAGAAGGGGUCAAAGUUAGUAAUAUAGGUUUGGGGGUGGGGGAGUCAUAUGAAUAUCUGCCAACUUGAUUUUCACUGUGCUAAAGUAUCAUAUGACUACAGUUAAUAAAAAUGUGUUGUAUCCUUGAAAAUAGAUGAGAACAGAUUUUAGGUUUCCUCAGUAUAUGAGGUAAUGCUUAUGUUAAUUAGCUCAAUUUAGCCAUUCCGUAAUGUAUACAUAUUUCAAAGUGUUUUCCAUGACAAAUAAUUAAAUAUAUAAUUUUUUAGAAAUACAGAAGAUUCUGAAUUCGCUGUCAUAAUGAUCCAUUAGAGGGGAGAAAGGAUUGUAGGAUCACGAUGAUAUGGACAAACCUAGUAAGGCUCUCCAAACCGGGUCUCUUCCCUUCUCACCGAGGUAGUCCUUUACUCACUUUCUCACCUCCGCCUGACAUUUCCAGUCCUACACAAGCCCAUGUUAAAAUCUGAUGGGAUGGCAAUAAGAGCCAAAAAAUUCAAUCCCAGAUCCUAGUUGAUGUUUUCCUAGGAAAAAAUCCUUUAUAUUUAGUUUUAUGAAACAUAGAAUAAUAGCAUUUUAUUGUGCCAACAUCUUAGUACAGUUACUAUAUUCUUGGUGAUUUCUAAGCUGCCAUACCUGGAGAUGAAAUUUAUUUCGGGAUCCUUCCAAGUGGUCUCCCCUACAAUUCAUUCUUCAUAGAGCAGCCAGAAUCAUCAUGUAAAUAUAAAUCAGAGCAUGGCACUCUCCUGUUUAAACCCAUCCAAUGGAUUCACAUCGCUAUUCAAAUAAAGCCCAAGCUUCCUACUGUGUAGUGGCCCAUCUUUAUCGCACCCCUUCCAGGCUCCUCCAGGACCUCCCUGACCUUCCCUUGUUCCCUUUUCAAGACAGGCUCUUUCCUGACUCAAAAAUAUCCUGUUUUCCUUUUCCUAGAACUCUCUGCCCUCAAUAUUUCGUAUAGCAGGCUCCUUCUCAUCUUUCAUGUAUGAGUUCAAAACUCCAUUCCUUACAGAGGCCUUCCCUGACCACCAUUUCUAACCCUUAAUCAACCCACUCUCUAUCAUGUUACUGUUUUAUUAUUGUCCACAUAAUGCUUAUCAUGAUCUGAAAUCAUGAUUUUUGUUUUGUAUACUUGUUUAUUGUAUAUUGGAGCCAUGAAGACAGUUACUUCAUUUGAAUCUUCCACAUAAGAAAUGUAUCUAAUAAAUAUUUGUAAAAUGAAUAGACUAAUUAAUUGAACAUUCCGAUUCCAUAAAAUUAGUAAGUAAACAGUUAAGUAAAAAAAGAAAGCACUCUGAACAAAGAUGCCAGGCUCUGUAGUUGGCGCUGUCAAUGGAACUGUGUCUUUCAGUAGUUCCCACUCUGGUGAAGACAAUAGGCAAUUGAUUGUGAGACCCUAACUAGGAGGCAAAUGAAGGGUCCUGUGGAAUCACAAAAGAAAGGAUCCCUUAAAGAGUCGUUAAAAUCUGAAGGAUGAGUGAGUGAAGGGAAAAUGAGGACUGACGGGGUUGAAGGAAUGUGGCAAACCCCUAGGUAGAAGGAACAGUAAGUAAGAAGCUAUGAGGGGAUGAGAAUGUGAGAAAUGUUAAGCAGUUCCCUAUUCCCGGAGCGCUUUCCCAGGGUGAUUGUAGGACUCGAUGACAUAGCAUACAUACUACUGUGAAUGGUAACUCGCCGUAUAAGUUACCGUUACGAAUAAACACAGACCUGUAACUGCCAGUCACUUAUUAUAUCUUCUGAUAUUCAAAGAAAAAGGAAGGAUAAUUUUGAAGAGGUACUUCGUGUGAUGGCUUCUGUGACUUACACGCCGGGUCCUGCGACCUCACACCAUCCGCUACACUAGUUGGUAUUGCCUUGACCACGAAUCUCAUUGGUCUUCCCAAGUGGAAACUGUUGCAGGGUUGCUGUGGAGAUAUCCAGAGGCCCGCCCCCUGUCGCUGAUUGGGUGAAAGGCGGCCAAAUCAGAAAACCUGCCUCAGUCUCCCAGCUGCUCCACGGGGCCUGUGGCUUGGCAACUGAUUUGCUUCCUCCGUUGCGAGGCUGCCGGGCUGCACCUGUGAAGUGGAGACAACGUGCUAGGACCUUGGUGGGCGUACACCUCUCACUCCCGCUCAGGCGCCGACGACACGGGGUUGUCUGUUGCUCUUGCAAGUUCGUCUUGAGACUGGGCUGUGAGCUGGCACUGCAGUGAAACGCCACAGACGAGGAAGUGCCCAAGUUUUCCUUCGGGAAGUUCUCGUUUAGAGGAGUCAGGAGAAAAACUCAUUGUUAUAUCCCACAUUUAGAAGCCAAUUAUCUUGGGAGGCUUCCGAGGUUCUAGAAAGCAAGUAACUUAUAUCAGUUUACUAAAUGUGGGAAGGUGGCCCAUAACUUCAAACAUCUGCCUCAGAGUAAACCUGAGGCAUUUGGGGGCGAGUGCCAGACCGUCCGCUGCCUAUCAUGCGCGGCAGCGCUUACCGCUUGCUGCAAAGAGACUUCCAUGAGCUCACGGAGAACAAUUAUAAGGGUAUCACUGGUAGGCCUGUAAGUGAAGAUAUGAUGGAAUGGGAAGCUGAAAUUGAAGGUCUACAGAAUUCAGUUUGUCAGGAUUUAGUCUUCCAACUGACAAUACAUUUUACAUCGGAGUACAACCAUAUUGCUCCAGUUGUGAAAUUUAUAACAAUUCCUUUUCAUCCAAAUGUAGACCCCCAUACUGGUCAGCCCUGUAUAAGUUUUUUGGACGACCUUAUGAUGUGGAAUACAAACUAUACAUUGAGCAGCAUCUUACUUGCCCUACAGGUUAUGCUUUCUAAUCCAGUGCCAGAGAAUCCAGUGAAUUUGGAAGCAGCCAGAAUACUGACUGAAAGUGAAUGUCUGUACAGAGCAAUUCUAAAAGUUUUCAGCAGGCCAUUACAAAUGAAAGAUGACAGCCAGAAGUUACCUAAAGACCCACAUAAACCUAUGAGAUCAAUUAAAGGAGUCCUAUUUAGUGAUUACUACCAGACAUGGUCUGGAAUAGCUACAUCAACAGCCACAGAAUACUACAGAACUCCAUUGCUCAAAGAUCCAAAAUUCAUUGGACAGUAUUACAAAUGGAAGAAAAUGGAUCUACAGCAUCAUAAAGAAUGGAAUUUAAAGUAUGCUGUUAUCAAGUGUCAGCUUGCUAGAAAAAAUAGAAUGCCUCAAGAAGUCAGUCACUUUGUGGAAGGAAUUAAGCUCUGCCCAAUUCUAGAUGAAAUUUUUCUUGAGUCACCAACUGCAAUAAAUAGCAUCAGAGACAUUUAUGAAAUGGAGGAGGAGGAGUGGAAGAAUGACUAUUCAUUAUAUGCUUCACAAUAUGAAAAUGACACAGACGAGCCCAGGGAAGAGGAAGUGGAAGAUCUGAUCUCCUGGACCAACACUCUCAAUACAAAUACUUUAGAAGAUUAAGCAGCACAAGAUUUAAAAAAUAAACAGCCUCCACCACAGCCCAGCGUUGUGGAGCAAUUUUGGAAGACUCUCA